GCUUUGGUAAGAACGAAAGAGGGGCCGCAAUUUUUGAGAUCUAGAGGCAUCUAUCGAAAUAAUCUUCAGGUUCUCUCCAUUCUCCAAACUAUUCUAGUCCACGGUAAAUUACUGUAGCAAAGGCAGACGGAUCAGCUGAAGGCCGGCGCCGGCUAUCUUGUUGUUACCGAUCUAUCAGUUGUAUAUUACCACCUUGCAGAUAUUCAAUCCCAUUUGUUCGUAACAUGGUUGAUAACAAGUCUUCAACUGAUCCUCUGGCCGAGGACCAAAUCUCCAACACCGAUGGGAAUUUGCCUUCAGAAAGUGAAGCCUCAAUUGAUGCCUUAGCUAGGAGAGUUCAGGAAUCAAUUUCUCUCGGUAAGCGUCACACAUUUUGGGAAACACAACCUGUCGGGCAGUUCAAGGAUCUCGGUGACCCAAGACUUCCCGAAGGACCAAUCGAACCCCCAACUCCACUAUCUGAAGUCAAACAAGACCCAUAUAAUCUCCCCGCUCAGUACGAAUGGAUAACUUGUGACAUGGACUCCAACGAAAUGUGCUCUGAAGUUUACACCCUCCUCACGAACAACUACGUAGAAGAUGAUGAGAACAUGUUCAGGUUCAACUAUUCGAAAGAAUUCCUUCAGUGGGCUCUACGCCCGCCUGGUUAUUUCAAAAGCUGGCACAUAGGAGUAAGAGCGAAAAGCUCAAAGAAACUUGUUGCAUUCAUUACUGGCAUCCCUGCAAGAAUUCGCGUACGUGAAACUGUGGUUUUAAUGGCCGAAAUUAAUUUCCUAUGUGUUCAUAAGAAACUUAGGUCAAAACGUCUUGCCCCAGUAAUGAUUAAGGAAGUCACGAGAAGAGUUCAUUUGGAGAAUAUCUGGCAGGCUGCUUAUACUGCAGGCGUUGUUCUUCCUACGCCCAUAUCCACUUGUCAGUACUGGCAUAGAUCGUUGAAUCCGAAAAAACUAAUCGAUGUCGGUUUCUCCAGGCUUGGCCCUAGAAUGACGAUGAGCCGAACUAUAAAGCUCUACAAACUGCCUGAAUCAACUGUUACUCCUGGUUUUCGAAAAAUGGAGCUUCAUGAUGUUCCUGCUGUUACCCGUUUGCUUCGCGAUUAUUUAAGCCAGUUUAUGGGUGCUCCUGAUUUUGAUGAGAAUGAUGUCGAGCAUUGGCUACUUCCUAAGGAAAACGUUGUGGAAAGCUGGUUGGUUGAGAGUCCGGAGACUCACGAGAUUACUGAUUUCUGCAGUUUUUAUACGCUCCCUUCUUCGAUUUUGGGGAACCAGAAUUAUACAAACUUGAAGGCUGCGUAUUCGUAUUACAACGUGUCGACUAAGACUCCUUUGCUUCAGCUGAUGAACGAUGCUCUUAUCGUUGCGAAGAGGAAUGAUUACGACGUGUUCAAUGCGCUGGAUGUCAUGGAGAAUGAAUUGUUCUUGAAGGAGCUGAAAUUUGGACCUGGAGAUGGGAAACUUCAUUAUUAUCUUUAUAAUUAUCGUGUUAACCAUGUUCUGAGUCCCUCGGAGCUUGGACUUGUCCUCUUGUAACCUAACCUGACUUACCCUAUUUGAAAUUUCAGGUCGCACUGCAUGAUUUUUUUCAGGUUUCCCCUUGUUCUGCUUCCCCUGAUUGUCUCGGUUUCAAACUGCUGUCAUUUUUAUUUAACUUUGUUCUGUCUCGGUACUCAAGUUAGCUAAUGAACUAUCUUCUUUUUUUUCUUA